CUGAAUCCGGAUUGAAAUGGGGAUAUAAGGUUGAAUUUACCGAUGUGGGAAGAGAUUUGUUCAGAUAACAAAGAUUCGAAAACUUUAGACAAGGCUGGUAGUAUGCUGAUGGGUCGGAAAUCACUAGGGCUGGAUGCGGAUUUAUUUUUGGCUACAGGAAGCACAGUAGCAAUCUUCCAGGCAUCGGGAAAACAGGACGUGGUGAGACUAUGGUUUAUUAUGUGUGUCAAGGUUGGCAAAAUAAUCGGUAAGAUUACCUUCACAAAUCUAAUCGGAAUGCCGUCCUCCCCGAUUGCGUUGGACCUGAUCUUAAAAACAGAUUUCACCACAUCAAUCUCGCUCACAGCAAUGAACUCAAACUUUUCGCCAGCAAAAGAGACCGGACAGGAGGCUACAGAGUUGGUCGUAAGGGGACAAGAUGAAGGCGGAGAAGCAAAGGCAACGCUAAGCGUUUCAGGACUCAACGAGCAUUCUGAUUUCUCACUGGCAUGGACGCGGAGUGUUCUCAGAUUUCGCCACAAUACAUUAUUAGGCAGUGAGGGAUCCAGCUUAUUCAUAAAGAAUUUUUUCUUUUCACGUCUUAUAACCGAGGACCACACCAUUAAACCAACGGCAGGAAGAAGACCUGUCACAGGUUCGGGUAGGGACAUGAGUGAGGAGCGAAUUUAAUAUAUUUUCGUUUAGGAAACGGAGCUUCUCAUUGACCGUGCUGAGACCCCAGCAAACAGACCAAUCGAUCUGCAAGAGGCUACUGAAAAGGUUGUUGACAUCUAAGGAACGGUAGUCAAAGAAGUUAAAUACAUAGGUAUUGUCGUCAUAGUGAUCAAGUUUAACGUCAAAAGAACAAAAUAUCAAGUCAUGAUCAGAUAUAAAAGAUGUUUGGUCAAAUUUCAAAACAAUAGAAGGAUCAGAUACAGCAAAGUAAUCUAAUAAGCUGGGACAGCAAUUGCUACCAUAUCUUGUGGGCACCGACAAAUUAACCAUAGACAACCCAACACAGGAGAUAUCAUCUAUUAAACGAGCACUGGUAGAAUCAGGACAUAACAGGUUCACAUUAAAAUCACCACAAAGAAUUAUAUGGUCAUAAUCUACAGAAACAGUGGACAGAAAAUUAAAAAAGUCACAUAGGCUGAAAUACUUAUAGGGAUUAUACACACAAGACAAUAGGAUUUUGGACGAGGGGCUAGACAUUUCGACAGACAGGUACUCCACGCAGCUUCUUUCUGAAUGUGACUGCGAAACCUGUUUGGUUUUUAGGUGCUUUUUGCAGUAAAUAGCAACUCCACCACCUUUUCUAUCUACCCUAUCAGAACGAAACAACUUAUAACCAUUAAUAUCAUAAUGGACACUGCUUACAUUGUACCUGAACCACGUCUCAGAUACACAUAUAACAUCGACUGGAGACAAUUCAAAAGUGUUCCUUACUAUAUCCAUUUUCUCAGAAUUAAGACUGCGCGCAUUAAAAUGAACAAUGUUCAAACCCGUUUGUUGACCGCACAUGAUGUUCACCAUUGCACGACUACAAUUGUCAAUGUUA